AUGCGAUGUGUCCGGCAGCUGCGGGACGAGGCGCUGGCGCUUUCCAGAGCCUCUUCUCAGUUGUGGUCGGGCCACGAAGGUGGCAAGAAGCAGCCCCUGAAGCAGCCCAAGAAGCAAGCUAAGGAGGUGGACGAGGAAGAUAAGGCAUUCAAGCAGAAACAAGAGGAGGAGCAGAAGAAACUCGAGGAGCUGAAAGCGAAGGCCGCGGGGAAAGGCCCCCUGGCCACAGGUGGAAUUAAGAAGUCUGGAAGAAAGUAA